AUGGAACGUGACCCUGCGGAGGCUGUCCUUGUCAUCCUUCGCCUCCUCGCUACUGAUGCUGGCGGCCGGCCUUUGCGGGAAGGGGGCAGCACGAUGGAGGAACUCACCUUUCUUGCCAGGAAGGUGAGGGCUGACCACGUGCUGGCUCACGCCUUAAAGGCCAUGGGGUGGACCACCACCAAGCUGGGAGCUCUCUGGGGAUGCGACCAGGAAGUCGUGGACUCGGUCAUCCUCAGAGUGGAAGAGAAAUACCCGGAGUACAAGGUGAACACGGUCGAGUUCGAAAACCUUGUACAGGCGGCCGAGGAGGCCUCAUGCAUCAUUUGGGCUAGGCAUGAGGAGUUGAAGGACUCAGACUUGGCCCUAGCGUCUCGCCUGGCAAAACAGGAGGGCAAACUCGCGGACAGGAGAAAGGCCCGUGAGGAACAGAUCGGGAGCCAGGUGAGGAGAAAGGGCGAGGCCGCCAGGGUGAAAUGGCCCACAAGAGCCACGAUGCUGAAAUCGGCGGCUGGCAGUGAUCUCUAUCAGCGUAAUCUGGUAGAGGAUGCGGAGAGGAAUCGGUGGCUGAAGGAGCUGGCCAAGCAGAUCAAGGAGGCUGACACCUGUGAUGUCUCCGACACCAAUCAGGGGCUCUUUGCAGCCAGGAUUGGUAAGGGGAGACGUGCCAAUACUCUUAGAAAGCACGUCAAGACCUGGGGCCAGUUCAUCGGGUGGCUGUUGGCUACGUAUGGGGUCAAGUGGCCAGAGAGGCCCUUUCAGUUUGCGGAUUACCUUAUCUCCAGGGCUCUGGAACCAUGUGGGCGCUCGAUCCCAGUGAAUGCUUACAAGACACUGGUGUUCAUGGAGCACGCGGCAGAGAUUCCAAAGGACCUCCAGUUGAACACUUCGGGCGCAAUCAAGAAUGCCAUGGAAGAGGUUAAGCUCCGUCUGGAAGCAGCGGAUCAGAAGCCAAGAAAGCAAGCCGCUCAGCUGUUGGUCGCCAUGGUGUCCGCUUUGGAGAGAAAAGUUAUGGAGCGGGGCGCACCGCACUUCACCAGGGCUUUCGCUUGGUACAAGCUGGUUAAGGUCUGGGGCACAAUGAGGUUUCACGACACCACUGGGGUCGACUUUGGAUCCAUGAGAUUGGACGGUUUUGCCCUUGUGGCGGAUCUGACUCGCACCAAGACAAGCGGGCCAGGAAAGAGGAUUUCGGUGCUGAAGCUCAUCGUCAGUGCGGAGGCCUACAUCGAGGAGCGCGAUUGGAUGGAGACCGGAUGGCGGAUCUGGGAAGCGCUCUCAGAGGAGGCUGGUUGCAGGGAGAGGGACUUCCUGUUGACGUUGCCUACGACGGGAUUGGAGCACUCCUCAAGGAGGAUGGCCACAUAUCCCGCCGCCAGUGGGAUGAGCCAGGCCCUGUUCCAAGAGCUCCUGUGUCCUUGCACAGGAGGGUGGGAGCAUCUCAUGGAGAUUGGCGUGGGAUGCAUUUGGUCGGAACACUCGGAAAGAGUGACAAUGAGAACAUGGGCAGGAGCAGCCGGUGUGCCUGAGACCGUCUGCAAGAUGUUGGGACGCUGGACGCCCUCUGUGGACCAGCCGUAUGAUAGGUCAAUUGCGGCGCAGGUAGUGCGUGCGCAAAUACACGUGGCGGAGUUCAUCAGAAAGAACAUCGGCCGCGUGGACCCCUUUGGAGAAAACGUGAUUUUGCAGCUGGUGGAGGACAGGAUGUUAGCCCUGGGCUAUCAUAUGAGGGUGGUUGGAGUCCAGAGGGAAAAGCUGGAGUGCUUCGUGACCGUGGGAAGACCAUUGAAACGAGUCAAUUGGUCAGAGGACGCGGCAGCGGCCAUGCCACAGGGGUCCCAUGGCAACGAAGCGUCCGAGUCGUCUGCCGACGAGGACGAGGAUUGGGUUGUGAUUGAUGCUGCCACCAAGAAGAGCACGGGCCUAGUUUUGGGAGACUAUGUGGUGAGCAUCAUCGGCAGGGCCAAGACGAAGACCCUGCACAGGUACGGUGAGUGUUAUCGACAGCCUGGAGUACAUUACCGGGUGUUUGAGUCCUUUGGGAGUGAGUUGCCAAAGGCGAAGAUGUACCAUAGAGCCUGCCGGGUAUGCUUCCCGAAAGCCGUGAAGAGCGCGGACGAGUCAGGGAGCGACGGCUCUGGAUCCGACGAGGAAAUCUCCUCCAGCUCGUCGGAGUCACUCUAA